AAAAGCCCACGCAGCUGCUUCCAUUCCUCACAACGCGAGAUCGGGAAGCUCGAGCCACUUGCUGCUUGAUUGUGAGAUAUAACGGCCGGGCACAACUCACACAUCAUGGCUACUUACCUCGCAUUCAAACGGAAAGCAAACUUCUUCAGCUACCAGUUUUAAUGUGUUUGAUGUGUUUGCGCUCCAGUGUGAGGUAGCCUUUGAUUUAUUUAUUCUUUUGUUUGUUUGUUUGUUUUUAAUUUUGUUUACACGUUUGACGACACAUUUUUUGUGCGGUGGAUAUACUGUUUUCCGGCUGGUUGUACGAGCCACGCAGGACCAGCCUGGCUCCGGUUGUUUCGUCCAAGUGAACAAGGAAUAUGUGUGCGGAGAUGCUACUCCUGGUGUCCAUUCUGUUGCUCCUGCCUCUGAGCCGAGCGGCUCCCCCGCAGACCGAGCGGGAAGACACGGGGGUGGACUGGCUGAGUAAGUUUGGUUACCUCCCACCCGCUGACCCAGUAACCGGUCAACUUCAGACCAAGGAAGCCUUGACCAAGGCCAUAAAAGCCAUGCAGAAGUUUGGAGGACUGAAGGAGACUGGAGUCUUUGAUCAAGCUACAUUGGGUCUUAUGAAAACACCCAGAUGUUCUCUGCCAGAUGUGUCUCAAUCUGAAGUGACAGUGGGCCGCAAAAAGCGAAGUCUGAGCCCCCCCAACAAAUGGAAAAAGAGACAUUUAUCCUGGAGAGUGAGGACAUUCCCAAAGGACUCAGCUUUACUGGGCAGAGACACCGUUCGAGCCCUCAUGCAUUAUGCCCUGAAGGUCUGGAGUGAUAUUGCACCGCUCAACUUCCACGAGGUGGCAGGAAGCGACGCCGACAUUCAGAUUGACUUCACGAAGGCUGAUCACAAUGACGGAUAUCCCUUUGAUGGGCCAGGAGGUGCUGUAGCCCAUGCCUUUUUCCCUGGAGAGAGGUUCACUGCCGGGGAUACGCACUUCGAUGAUGAUGAAGCCUGGACCUUCAGAUCACCAGAUUCUCAUGGAAUGGACCUGUUUGCAGUAGCCGUCCACGAAUUCGGUCAUGCCAUCGGCCUGGUCCACACGUCAGCAAUGGAGUCCAUAAUGAGACCAUACUACCAGGGUCCUGUCGGAGACCCUCUGAAGUAUGACUUACCAUAUGAAGACAAGGUCCGCGUCUGGCAACUGUACGGUGUCCGUGACUCAGUUUCACACACAAGUCAGCCAGGCAACCCUUCUCAAACAGCGGAGCCUCCUGUUCUGAUGGACAUUCCAGAAAACAAAUCCAUACUUCAGCUGGCGCGAGAUGCUCCAGACAGAUGCACCAGCUACUUUGACGCAGUGGCCCAGAUACGAGGGGAGGCCUUUUUUUUCAAAGGGAAAUACUUUUGGCGACUCACUCGAGAGAAGCAUCUGGUGUCUCUUCGUCCCGCUCAGAUUCACUGGUUCUGGAGGGGAUUGCCCGCCAAUCUGGACGGGGUGGACGCUGUCUACGAGAGACCCGGCGAUCAUAAAAUAGUCUUUUUUAAAGGUCUCAAAUACUGGGUGUUUAAAGACAACGUCAUGGAAGAAGGUUACCCGCGUCCUAUCAGCGACUUCGGGCUGCCUUCUGACGGCGUGGACGCAGCCUUCGUGUGGCUUCACAAUGAGAAGACCUACUUCUUCAAGGACAACCGGUACUGGCGCUACGACGACCACCUGAGACGCAUGGAUCUGGGCUACCCGAAGGACAGCACGUUGUGGAAAGGGCUGCCCCCUCAACUGGACGAUGCCAUGAGAUGGUCUGACGGUUCUUCAUACUUCUUCAAGGGGAAGGAGUACUGGCGUGUGCCGAGCAGCGACAUGGAGGUGGAGGCGGAGUACCCGCGCCUUAUCGCCAAGGACUGGCUGCUGUGCACGGGGAUGCAGUCGGACUCGCCUGGCGCAGAGACCAAGAGCACCAAGAACCGGGUCGACGCGCACCCUCGCCCGGACCACGCCGAAAAUGGCUUUGAAGUGUGCUCUUGCACUUUGGACAGCGCCUCACCUUUAGGGGCACGACCCGCCCCGUCCCUCUUGUGGCUACUGCUGCCCCUCUGGACACUCUCGCUUGCCCUACGCCCACUGCCGCUAUGAUGCCAAAACAGACGUUGGAAAAAACAUUUUAAUUUGAGGAUUUAAUAGUUUUUGUUGUUAUUUAUUGCACAAUCCUUACAGCAGGUUCUUGUUGUUGAGAGGCAUUGGGAUCAAACGCUACAAUCAUUUUCGCUUCAUGUUUUGAAAAUAUUCAUGUUUUCCAAUCAGUAAGGGAAAAAAGACUAUAAGGCAGUGGUCCCCAACCUUUUUUGCACCACGGGCCAGUGUCGUAUGGGCCUUUUUUUCACAGACCGGCAAUGUGUGGCAGAAAAUUACAGUAAAUAUGAAAUAACACGAUGGGGAAAAGAACAUUAACUGCAGUGAAAAUGUAACUCACCAACCUUUUUUAACAGCGGCCUCUCCUAAAACUUGACGGCAAAUAUCCUUGGUAGCAGGCAUAAUGAGUUUUUCUACAAUCGUGAAAGGUUUCUUGGCUUUAGCAAUACGGUUCACCACAAAGUAUUAUGCUCUCAGUGCAUUGGCUUAUGUUGCCUCGUUUGCAAGCUUGUAGCCACAUAUGAAUAGAUGUACAUAAGAAUGGACUUGUUUGUAGGCUCAUCUUCUGGCUCAGCAGGUUGCCUUUUCCCCAUAAAAAAGCUGUCCAAAGACAUCUGUUUUUCAGGCUACGUCUACACUACGACGGAUAAUGGUGAAAUUAGUUAGACUAUACAGCAUGUCGGCUACACUAAUGUGCCUCUUAUACAUGCAAGAAUUUACACAGAUAAGUUAGCCGGCUCAUAUUUCCCCCCGCUUAAUAUACCUGUAGACUAGUGUCUCCAUACAAUAGGUGUGCACGAUAACCAUUUUUUGAAGCUGAUACCGUUAACCGAUAAUAUAUGUAUAAUUUUUAAUUGUAAAUUCAGUUUUUGAACCCCUGGAGGUUAAAAAUACAAGUGGUGGAUUCAACAUAGAUUUGCCUUUGACCUUACCAGAUGUUUCAUGAUUACAUGAACAUUAUUAUAAUGAACAAAACAAAGACAAGAACAGUUGCGACUUCAAAUAAAGUGCCAGUAUUUUAUUUUAUUUUUUCAAAUAAAUAUAAUUUGAGUCAAGUCACAAUCAAUUAGUCAAUGUCAUUGAAGAGGUGUUCCCUGAACAAUGAACACUGAACUAAAACAUAAACCCAACAGGUAUUGUGCUUUGUCAUCAGAUAAAAACAUUUGGUGCUAGAGGAGAGGAGACUUGGUGUCUUGGUCCAUUAAAAAACUUAACCUGGCAAUUAUGGGACAGCAAGCCUAUCAAUAAUCAAAAGGCCUCUCAAUAACUUGUAAAAAUAAAACUUUAAAAUGCAAACAUUUGCUAAUUGCCAUAGUAUGGUUCAUCACUCAAUGACAGAAAAAUAAGGCCUCUAGAACAGUAACAAAACUUUGCAUAAGCCAAGGCGAGGAUUCAAGUAAAUAAAUUAGGGCUGUCAAACGAUUACAAUUUUUAAUCUACUUAAUCACAGUUUAAAAAUUAAUUGUAAUUAAUUGCAGUUCAAACCAUCUAUAAAAUAUGCCAUAUUUUUCUGUAAAUCAUUGUUGGAAUGGAAAGAAGACACAAGACGGAUAUAUACUGUACAUUCAACAUACUGUACAUAAGUACUGUAUUUGUUUAUUGUAACAAUAAACCAACAAGAUGGCAUUAACAUUAUUAACAUUCUGUUAAAGCGAUCCAUGGAUGGAAAGACUUAAAAGAUAAAUGUUAGUACAAGUUCAUAGAAAUGUAUAUUAAAACCCCUCUUAAUGUUUUCGUUUUAAUAAAAUUUGUAAAAAUUUUCAAACAAAAAAUAAACUAGUAGCUCGCCAUUGUUGAUGUCAAUAAUUACACAAUGCUCAUGGUGCUGAAACCCAUAAAAUCAGUCGCACCCAUGCGCCAACAGAGGGCGACAAAACACCCAAAAACAAGUAACAAAUGGACAUGACACUGUGCUGGCAUUUUAAUCUGUUUCAGCGGGGCAUGUGCGUUAAAUGCGUCAAAUAUUUUAACUUGAUUAAUUAAAAAAAUUAAUUACCGCCCGUUGACGCGAUAAUUUUGACAGCCUAAUAUAAAUACUUACAGGUAAAUGUUGAUAAAUUUAACUGAAACAAAAAGUGCAUUAAGAGUCUUCACAGUAUCCAAAAGUAAAUGACGAUGACACUUAAACAAGUUAUAAAUUUAGUGAAAGCGCAUUCCUCAUGAUCAAAUAUGGUAGAACAAAAAGAAUUAAUGGCUUGCCUUACAAUAAUCCAUAUAAAAAACGCAGUGAUUGAACCCAUUUUCAAUGAAGCAUGAGAUUUCUUCUUUGAACAAUAUGAAAUCCUUAUCCAGCCACUGCGCCGUUAGACCAAGCAAGCUGACAGGACUAACAUUACACGUCUGAACAGGUAUGUCCGUGGUGAAACUUAUGUGCCCUGCAUGGUUGCCGAGUUGGACGAGUGUGGCAAUCUCAUUAUAAUUUGCCGGUAAACAUUAAUCUGAAAAUGGCGGCGGCUUGGAAUGAUGAACCUGGCAUGGACAGCUUCAUUCGUACCUCGCGCGUCCUCGUACUCUUUUAAAACACCAUCAAAGUGAUUGUGUUCUUUUAAGUGGCUUAUUAAGAUGUGUUGUAGCUCGACAACUUUUCCCCUCCUCGUGGAACUUAGGCUUUGCAUGUGUUACAAAUUGCAAGUGAAGCGUUCUCCACCGACAAAAAAAAAAUCCCACCCAACCGACGCCAUGCUUGUUGUUUACUAGCCAGCUGUGCUGCACACUGCCGUCACUUAAGCAUUACGUCACAGAAAGGGAGCGCUCGAUUUGUUGUAAAACUCCCUCUUCCCAAACCUCAGUCACUGAUACGUUGUACUGGCAAAACAGGAGUAGAAACAAACGCACACAUCCCAAUCCGCCAACACCGUGCCAAAAAUAUUAUACAUAUAUUAUCGGUCCUAUUAAUAAUGUUAUUGGAUUUAAUGGUAUGACGUCAUAAUUCCUAUUAUCGGACCGAUAAUUAUUGGACCAAGAAUUAUCGUGUACCUGUACCAUACAACAAUCUGAUACUAAGGAAGUGACGUCAUGGCCAUCGCCAUUUUUAGUGCAGCCAGACGAUCAAGACGUGGCAUUCCUGCUCCUCUUUUCUUUUCCGCAGUCAUUAGCCACGUUUACAUGCUGACUUUUAUUCAUACCGAUUCAAAUCAUUCCGAAUGGAAAUUUCAGAUCAGCUGUUUACAUGUCACUUCAUCUAUUCCGAUCCAGCGUUUACAUGUGACUGCCUUUAUUCCGAAAGGACGUUUGACAACUGCCGUCUGACAUGCGCAGAUUAAUCAAAAUAAACCGUCAUGUUGCAAAACAUGGAGAUCGAUCGUCGGAGUGCUGCUGUUUUAACUUUAACCCACUUGUUGUGUUUGUGGGGUCGUAUCCGCUUCUGCUGUUUUGCUCUUUUGCCCCGUAGUAGCCGGUUUUCCACCGGUUUCUAAUCUGGUCAACGCUCCGGUCUAUUCCGGCUUCGUGUAACCUCUCGUGAACUUUUUUAAAUAGUUCACUGUUCCUCGUUUUACGCCCGUCUAGGCAAGCAAUUAUAUUCAAUUCUUUUAAAGUUUGAAUUAAAUACAAUCUUUCCGCCGGACUCCAAUUAGGUGCGCUGUGCUUGGAAGCCAUGUUGCAAGUGACGUUACUUACGUCACAAAGUGACGUCACCACGUCAGUACGGAGCAUGUGCAGAAAGAACGCAACCCGACACCAUUCCGCUUCCCUGUUUACAUGAUAUAAUUUUACUUCUAAUCGGUUUGGGAAAAGGAAUAUUCCACCCCUGUGAAUCGGAAUGAAAUUCCAUUCGGUUUGGGCCUGUUCAUUCCGAAUGAGGUGUUUAUAUGGAACACAUUUAUUCGGUUUGAACAAAUAUUCCGAUUGUAAUUGGAAUAUUUGGCUCCAUGUAAACGUGGCACUUGUUUACAGUUUAUUAUUUAGAGUUGUAGAACAGGUGUCAGGAACCUAUGUCUUCAGUUCUGGCUCUUUUGAUGAGUGCAUCUGCCUCUCCGCCAACCCGAAAUUUUUAAAUGUGGUACCGGCCGGCUCGCUGGACUUCAACGAGCUGCGAAGAGCUGAUUCAUUCAUUUUUCUUGAACCUUCAAAUGUACGUCGCAAUAAUAUGCUUCAAUUCAGUGCCCAUUUGUGGUCCUGCCAUCGUGGAUUACGCAGAGAUGAGCGUUUUAUUACAGAGCCCGUAUCCCGCGUGAAGUCUCUGAUCAGCCAAUUGCGGGGCUAGCCCCUCCCAACUCAAUACCGACCGAACUGGAGCAUAUAAAAAUGAGUAGAGGAAAGCUACACCCCGAAAAGUGAACUGCGUGGCACACCAACUCACAGACUCGCUAGAUCAGUUUAAUUUUGAUGACAUUCCCGCCUGUCAAACUGUCGCCACUUCCAAGAACGCCAACGUUAAGCACAAGCCCUCCUGGUUGCGAUUUUCACUCCCAAGAAAUAUACGUAGCGCCACGCCAUAUGUUUCUAUUUGUUAUUUUCCAAGUGGUGAGAAUGCAACUGAGAAUCGAUUGUAACAUCCCAAGUAACAAUGUCAGGCUUUCGUUGUUGUUUUCUAAAGAUUUCAAUCACAACUCGGCGACUGCUUGUAAAAUCCGAGCAUGCACUCCCUUCACUGUCGCUCAUCACGAACAAAACAGUGAUAACAAAACGGAGUUUCUGACGCCUGGUCUAGAAGGUGAAGUGAUUUCGAAAUUUUCCGCCGACGACUAAUGAGUUUCCGGUUCAGAAGUAAACCUCGCAGGCGAUGACUUGACACAUGAAGCUGCUCUUUUCUAGACAUGCGUACCUUGCAAAAGCAGGGGGCCCUUAAACGUAGUGCAGGCAGGUAUAAUAAAAAUUGUCGGAAAAAUACCCUGGAGAAAACUAUGUCGUAGUGUAGACGUAGCCUCAGUCAUCUUCACUAACAUGUGGGCCUAUUAUAUUCCGGAACAAAUCUAAUGCGCCUACGUCAUUAUCAAAGACAAGCAUACAUUGAUAGCUAAUCUGAGCAAAACAACCGUAAGUACCCUGUCCGCCAUUGCUAACGUGUGCCACCCGCAGCACACAGCCAAUAGCAGCUAACGUUACUGUUUACAUUGGCUGAUGCUAGGCUGCUAUAGGUGUGCAAACACCCCAGUAAUGGCGGCAAACCACUAGAAUGCGAUGUACACACAUCUCUACUCGGUUUAGUCAAUAAAGUAGACAGGUAUUUUGAUAUGUCAAGAGGCACAGACCAGAUUGUGUUCGUUAACCGCUACCGGUCCCUGGCUCGGUGGUUGGGGAUCACUGCUAUAAGGGAUUUUUCAGACUCAUUACGUUGAUUCUCUGUGGUUGAGGUUGAAGUCCUUUUAAGGAACAGAUUGUUUAAAUUUUAGAGGAUGAAGUACUUUUAUUGUAUAGCAUUGAGUAAUCGCUGUUGAGUGUUAAUGGAAUGUCAAGAGUAGAACAAUCAUUUGUUAGCACAUACCUCACAACAAAAUUCAGUUUAUACACAUUUAAAAUAAAAACAACACUAACAAAAAUGUCUUUAAAUUUAAAUGUUUAGAAGAAAUGUUCACUCAAAUGUUGAAAAACAUACUAAUAAUCAUUCCAAAGUCAAAAUUUGUUCUUAAAUGCGAGGCAAGAAAGAUGAAAUAACUGAAUAUCUAAAUUAACUAUUUUCUUUUCAUCUUUUUUUUCUCUACCAUUUUGUUUUGAGUGGGUUACUGAAAAAAAGUGCAUUUUUAAUGUGAUUUUGUUCCUUCAAAGCUGAAGAAAGGGCAACACCACUUCAAUAUUUCCAUAUCUGAAGUGUUUUUUGAUAAGCUUCAAUUGGCCAGUGAAAUGUGUCCCAAAUAAUGACACGCUGACUUAAUUCUGUCAGUGAGCGUUCUAUUUUCUUAAAGGGAACCUCUGACUUAAAGACUUGUAGGCUCCAAUAAGCCACAAUUGUUCUCUUAUACCAAAUUAGGAUAUUACACUGAAAAAAAUAUAUAAUACUGGUGGAUUUAUUGACAAAAUCAUUGUAACUAUUUGCACUUUUAUUAAGUAAAUUUUACUCCUUGCAAUAUUAAGUUCAGUUCACAAGCAGUAAAAUUCACUUAAUAAAAAAAUGUGCGAUUUUACUGCUUGCAUUAUUAAGUUCAGUUCACAAGCAGUAAAAUUUACUUAAUAAAGUGCAAAUUGUUACAAUUAUUUUAUCAAGUAAAUCCACCGAUUAUGUUUUUUUCAGUGUAGAAACAUAAAAUAUUGACAUUGAUUUAAAAAUCUAUAAUACUUAGUACGUCCAAUCCCGAUCGUUUUAGUUUGAGUAUCUGCCGAUCCCGAUGUUUCCCGAUCCGAUUGCUUUUUUUUUUUUGCUCCCGAUUCAAUUCCAAUCAUUCCCGAUAAUUUUUCCCGAUCAUAUACAUUUUGGCAAUGCAUUAAGAAAAAAAUGAAUAAAACUCGGACGAAUAUAUACGUUCAACAUACAGUACAUAAGUACUGUAUUUGUUUGUUAUGACAAUAAAUCCUCAAGAUGGCAUUUACAGUAUUAACAUUCUUUCUGUGAGAGGGAUUCACGGAUUGUAUAUUGUGACUAAGUAUUGCCAUCUAGUGUAUUUGUUGAGCUUUCAGUAAAUGAUACUGUAGCCAUUUAACUGUUCUGCCCAAAUGCAUGGUGGGAAGUGCAACCAUUACUGUACGUACCAAUUGAUAUAUCUUCUCUGCGUUGGGAAAUAACAUAGGGGGGUAAAAAAAAGGUCAACUACUACAUUUCUUCCCCAUGUUGCUUCCCACGAUUUUCCUAAUUUUUAAGAGUGGGAUUGUAAGGCUUUAGCCAAUUGAAAAAAGGCUCCAAAGGCUGUCAAAAUUCACUCUACUCAGUUUAUGCUGCCUUGUAGCUCUAUAUAUAGGUAAAACGGCGCCAUU